CUGGUCUUAGGAGGAGGGAAAGUAUGGGAGGGGAGGUGAAAGGAAGCUGGGCAACCCGGGCACAGACAGCUUGCAUCUUACGUGAAAAAGGCAAGCACUGUAAUAUCCGGCUUUAGCAGGAGGUUCAAAAUAAUGCGAUAUGCUCAGUGAAGCAUGCAUUGCACAUGAAAAAGUGGUUUAUCAAAAACACAGCCAUAUAACGCAGAGACAGCGGGAUCCUGGAAUAAGGAAUUUUAGUAUCCUAGUCUUAUCCGGGGAAAAGCAAAACACACGUCAGUUUGUGGAAAGACUGUCAGCUUGUUACAGAUAUCGGUCUUCUCUUCUGUCAAGGAGGAAAAGUGUAUAAAACGUGUGCCCCAUAAAAAAGAAAACGGAUAUUACUGUGCUAAGUUUAAUUUAACACACACCAUGCAGAUUGUGUAUUUUGCCUUUGCAGGAGCGCUAAUAGUGAACGGAGCAUUUGGGAUCCUGACGAACCAGCCUGAUGCAUCUUCCAAUGCUACUGAGGUAGAGGACCAGGGAAUGUACAAUUCGUCCACAGCUACUCCACACUUUACCACCGGUACCAAGCUCUCUCGCAUAAUUCAGAACCUGUCUAUGAUAAAAAACAUCGUCUUCUGCGUUUUGGGCAUCACCGCUUUCCUUAUUACCUGCCUCGUGGUUAAAGUAGUCAGGUCUGGCAGACGAAUAAGAAAAACUCGGAAAUAUGACAUCAUCACGACUCCUGCAGAACGAGUAGAGAUGGCACCGUUGAAUGAGGACAAUGAUGAUGAUGAAGAUGCAACAGUAUUUGAUGUCAAAUACAAAUAGAGAUGGAACAGAGAGUAAGAUUGUAGACCUGCAUUUGGAAUGACGACUGCCCCUGAUUAUCCAACCACCAAGGAUAUUGCUGCUGUUUGCCACAUUCAGUAUAAACAGGAAGAUGGGAGGGGCUGCAGACUCUAUUAUGAAUAAUAAGAUGUCUUGUGUACACUGUACUAUUUGGAAAGCAUACAGCAGCAUGCAUGCCUCCUGCACUAACAGUAUUUCUGUUUUUAAAAAAGCCUGUUUUUCAAUACAGGAGACAUUAAGUUGUCAGCUGAUGACCACAUGCUGCAUACCAUCUGUUAUCUGAUAUCUCCUUUCUACCAACGGAUAUACAACCCACUCACUUAAUCUGAAAUUAGAGAGUAAAACUAAUUGCAAACCACAGAAACUUGAUUAAGUAGAGAGCCAAGUUGUUAAGCAGUAAAAUUGCCCAUUAAAUAUUUGUAGUUAGGAGCUAAUCACUAGGUUCAUGGUUUGCACGUAAACACAGUCAGUGAGCUGUCAACCUACUUAGAUUUGAGCUCCAGGUUUUUGUUUAAAGGACUGGAAAAGGAGUGAGCUAUAUUGGUAGAUAUAAAGCAAUUAGAAUAACAUUGUGUUAAACGCUGAAACUUGCAGUAAAAAGCUAAUUUCUUUAAGUUUAACAUAUUUAUUACUAGGUUUUGCUCUUUCCAGAUUAAAUGCUUAGUUGAAUAUU